AUCAGGUAACUGAGGUAACAUAUAGGCAGCAUAGGGCUCCCUGUUUGGGACACAGCCUAUAGGUCUACGUUUACGCCAAUCCAAAAAGCACUUCCGCGUUGAAGCUUCCCAUGAUGCAUCAGCGGAGGAAAUUCAAUUCAAACACUUGGAGAAAUGGGCGAGGAGGGACUCGGAAAAGAAGUGGAAGUAAAUAAAAUCAUGACUGUUAUCACAAAGGUGGAGUGUGUAGUCGACAGUCGCGGUGAAAUUCAGGAGGAACGGUGUGAUGGACAGACCAGAGGAGCUGCGAGGGAACAGGCCACAGAAGGAGAGACUGAGAAGUCGAGCGGGCUGUGUCCGAUUGUCCCAGCUAACACUUCUGCUGCGAAUAAGGACGUGUUUAAACCAUUAAACGGAGAAGAAGCGAAGGAAAAUAGAGAUAGCACCGUAGCACCAGAGAACCAGCAGCACAACAGUUUCCUACCUGGACACAUGACCGGACAGCAGGAGUCUGACUAUAGCCGAGUGUGCGGUGAUGACGACGAGGAGAUUGCUAGGAGGGCCCGAGUGGAGGGCCGCGUAGACGUGGUAUUUCCAGGCAGCGUGACGCAGGAUGGCUGUUGCAGAUUCGUCUGUGAGCUUUUCAAGUGUGUCCUGUACCAGAGACAACAGCUGCCCAUGACCUAUGACCAGAUGGUCUUCUUCCAAAAGCAGCAGCUCACAACCACACAGCUGGAGGAAGGAGCAGUUAGAAAAUCCAUCAAGCCAUCAGGAGACUCAACUUGGCAGCGGUGCCAGCGAACACUGCGAGAGCUGGAUGAGGUGCUGGGCCACCUGGAGGUGCUUUUCUCCCUCAGUUACGUCCCCCGCGUGCUCUUCAUGCUGGGAAGCUCCGGGAUUCUUCCCACGGAGUUGUACGAGAUCAACAUGGAGGCUUUAGUGCAGGGAGGAAGUGACAGGAGUUUGAGAACUUCCCUGUGUUUGAGGCGUCUGUUUCGCACCCUUUUCGUGGCGGAUUUGCUUUCUGACGUUAAGCCGGUGCGCAUCAUGGGCACCACAGUCAUGGCGCUCGCCCACCGGGACUGCGGUGUAGAAUGGUUCAAGCCGAAAGUCGACUUCAGAGUUCCAACAAGGGUAAAGAGGCAGGUGAUAUCGUUAGCCAGUGGCGCUACUGGAAGUGGCCAGAGAAAAGCAGACACUAGAGACUGGGAUGACUAUAUAUGGUUUCAAACACCUGUGACUGUCAAGGGUUUCUGUAAAUGACAAUCCUAAAGGCAGGUAAACGCAUGGUGCUGAAAUUUCAGGGAUUGAUAGAUUGUGUCACAAAAUGGAAACCUUGAAUUUGAGUUAGUUUUAUGUUUCAUUCAUGGAUUUUUUUUUAAAUUAGUAUUAUUUUUUUUAAAUGAAAUUCACAUAUGACGAUUGGUAGGCAGUUACUGUCAAUGUCAUUGAUGUGCUUCUCUUUCAGAAAUCUAGUCACAUUUUAUUAUGGAGCAACAAAGAAACUUUAUUUUGACACACAGAAUACAUUUAACACGUCUUAUCACACCAGGAACACAGUCGAAUUUGUGUGAUCAACAGAAGAACAAGUCUAAAUUAUUUGAAUACCCGAAGUUUUACUUUUACACCACGUAGUUAUAUUUUAUAAAUGGUGACAUGAUACACAACUAUUCUAUUAAAAUGUUUCAUGACAAACUAUAAA